GCUCGUGUCGAGAUCGCAGCAGAAUAUAACUCGGAGAAGAUCUUCACGAUGGAGAAGCUCAGUGCACAAGAGAAGGCCCAUUUCAAAGACGCAUUUGCACUUUUCGACAAGAACGGCGAUGGCGAGAUCUCGGCGGCGGAGCUUGGAGAAGUGAUGCGAUCUCUCGGGCUGAAGCCGACGGAUCAGGAGUUGCAAGAUAUGUUGCAGGAAGUCGAUGCAGACAAUAGUGGUAGUAUUGAUCUGAAUGAAUUCAUGACAAUGAUGUCGCACCGAGCAACGGAUGUCGACACAGAAGAAGAGCUUCGCCAGGCUUUCAAUGUUUUUGACCGCGACGGCAGUGGCACCAUCAGUGUCACUGAGCUUCGAGAUAUGCUUAAGGCGCUCGGUGACAACUUGACGGAUGCCGAGGUUGAUCAGAUUAUGAAGACUGCCGACACAGAUGGCGACAAGACGAUCAGCUUUGAAGAAUUCAAGAAGAUCAUGGAGGAUAGCACCUGAUGGUAUUACGAAUGAUGGGGGAAGAAGGCACCACUAUCUUUUGAAAAGCACAAUUUCGCUCAGAAUCGAACAACAGUCAACUCACGAACGACAGUGGAGGGUCAUGGUAACGACCCGAGUACAGAACAUCCUUGGGAGAAGGCGACAGAUCGUCGAUACCCAGAUUGAAUGAUUUUUUGAAGGAUCUUGCAUGUCUUACUAUGUACUCUUGGUAUGGUCGCGUAUCACUUUUCCAACC